UAUAUAGAGACCCCGUCCAGAAAUGAAAGUCGAGCACGAUCAUUUCUGCCAAAGCCAUCUUUACAUUAUUAAUAUGAAACAAUAAGCUAAACAGCUCAAGACAUCUCAGUGCCACAGUCUCCUCUUGUUAUAAUGAACGGAGCGGUACAGUAAUUAAGGAUAAAUCUGCGGAUGGCUCUGUGUGUUUUUCCAGCCGUGGUGACUAUCGGAAGCAGACCGCUUCAGACUGAGCCUGGGUUACCCUGAGCGAGUGAGGAACCUUCCAUGUGAGGAACACACGAAGGCAAGGGCUCAUCUCUCGCGAGGAACGGCGCCGUUAUCGGAAUCUCUACAAACAACACGAGAAUUCAUCAUUCACACGCUGUGAAAAAUGUCUGAGCAAGACUUGGAUGAAAUUGUGCAAAUAACUGUGGAGGACUUUAACCAGGAUGACCGUACAGACAUGCUGGACAAUCAUGAAGACGAUGGAGAAAGGCCUCAGAAAAAAAAGAGGAAAUUAAGCAACAGUCAAGAGAACAACAGCAACAACCAAGACAUAUCUUUUAUAAAGAACCUGUUGGUUUCUUUCACCGCAUCAAUCAGCCAGCGACUGGAGGGGAUUGAGUCAAAGUUACAGGCUCUGGAUGCCACAUGCAAAGCCCUUGGACGAAAACUGGACAGUAUGGUGCCCUGUGCCAAGAGUCCUAUCCAGGUUCCCAUGGUUGCAGGGUCGCCUCAGGGGGCCACUCAAACUUGGAACAAAGUGCGAUGUGUCGUUCCACAAACAAAUGUGAUAGUGAGCAGUGAACACCCGAAGGGCUCUAGCCAAGAGGACACCCCGCUGGAGAACCUGCUCAGCAACACUGUGACCAGGCGGCGGCAGAACACAAUCCUGGUAAAGGUGCCGGGCCCUGAGGAGAGUCAGGAAGAACAGGAGAGUGGCUCCGAGGCCAGUGACUCUGUUUCCAAUGGUGGCCAUUCCAGCAACGCGCAAAAUGGCCAAAAUGUCACACUCAUCACACUCAAUUCAGAAGAUGAUUAUCCAGAGGGCACCUGGCUGGGUGAUGAGAACAACCCAGAGAUGCGGGUUCGUUGCCCAGUGUCUCCAGCUGACAUGCUUCAUAUCAGCACCAACUGCCGUACAGCCGAGAAAAUGGCACUGACCCUGUUGGACUACCUAUUCCAUCGUGAGGUCCAGGCCAUGUCAAAUCUCUCUGGGCAGGGCAAACAUGGCAAGAAGCAGCUGGACCCGCUCAUGAUCUAUGGCAUUCGCUGUCACUUGUUCCACAAAUUUGGCAUCACUGAGUCAGACUGGUACCGCAUCAAGCAAAGCAUUGACUCAAAGUGUCGCACAGCCUGGAGACGCAAGCAGCGUGGCCAAAGUCUGGCCGUCAAGAGCUUCUCCAAACGCACGCCUCGUAAUUCAGUCACAGAGGGAGGCAUUGCAGAAGAAACAGCCCACAUUGAGACUGCCACGCAGCAAACCUUGCACUACACGCUGGCCAAUCAGCAGGUCCAGUUCCACCGUAUUGGCGAGGAUGGACAAGUUCAGGUGAUUCCACAGGGUCAGUUGCACAUUGCACAGGUGCCACAAGGAGAGGAGGUGCAGAUCACACAGGACAGUGAGGGAAACCUCCAGAUCCACCAGGUGCAUGUUGGUCAGGAUGGACAGGUGCUGCGUGGGGCACAGCUGAUAGCGGUGGCGUCAGCUGAUGGAGGGGCCACAGCAGUAGAGGGAUCCCCUCUCCCCCCUGACAUUCAAGUGCAGUAUGUCCAACUAGCCCCCGUCGCAGAUCACACAGCUGCUGUACAGGCUACUGAGUUGGCCCCAGCCCUGCAGGCAGACAUGGAGGUAAAGGAGGCCAUCCAGGGUGCCAUCCACGGAGAGAACGGCGAGGUGGUCCAGAUUGUCACCUCUGUGGCCACCUGAGAGCCCACGUCUGGUUCAACGCAGCCCAGAACUCUGCCCUACAGCAUGGCCUGAAGAGGCUGAUUGAACAUCAGAGAUCAACAAAUGAAUACAGUCUGACAAGCAAUCAAGUCAGGAAACUUUUUUAACAAAUACUGAAGGUCACUGAUGAAACAGGGGAGAAGCAGUUUUCCGUUUUUUUUUUUUU